UUCUCCACUUAGAGGUGUCGUCUUGUUCGGUUGUAUGAUUUUGUUACAUCUCUCCAUUAGCUGGUCUGAGUAGAAAUGAGUUGAAGAACAAAAUAAAGCAACUUAGGUGCAAUAACAAUAUGAACAACCUUGUGCUGUCACUUACCCCCAAGUUCAGCAAACUACGAACUCUAACUUUACGUCAAAAUAAACCACAGCUUCAGGAUAAUGCGGUUGAGACCAUUGCAAUCUUCUGCCAUGAUCUGCAAGACUUGGAUCUCAGCAAAAGCUUCAAGCUCACUGAUCGCUCCUUAUAUGCAUUAGCUCAUGGGUGUUCUAACCUUACCAAGCUCAACAUCAGUGGUUGUUCGGCCUUGAGUGAUGCUGCCCUUGCAUAUCUUACUGGCUUCUGCAGAAACUUAAAGUUCUUAAAUCUUUGUGGAUGCGUAAGUGCUGCAUCUGACAGAGCUCUGCAGGCCAUUGCUUGUAAUUGCAAUCAGUUACAGUCUUUGAAUCUGGGUUGGUGUGAGGGUGUAACUGAUGUAGGAGUGAUGAGCCUGGCACUUGGAUGUCCGGAUCUGAGGGCUUUGUACUUGUCUGGUUGUGUCCUCAUAACAGAUGAGAGCGUGAUAGCCAUAGCAAACAGGUGCCACCAUUUGAGAUCCCUUUGCCUGUACUACUGCCAGUACAUAACAGACAGAGCCAUGUAUUCUCUGGCAAACGGUCGGGUGAAGAGCAAGCAUGACCUAUGGGAAUCUGUGGAAAAUGGGAACGAUGAGGAUGAAGGGCUCAUGAACCUCAACAUCAGCCAAUGCACAGCUCUGACUCCUUCAGCCGUUCAGGCUGUAUGCGACUCGUUCCCUGCGCUUCACACAUGCCCUGGAAGACAUUCCCUCAUAAAGAGUGGGUGUCUCAACCUAGCAUCUGUGCACUGUGCCUGUUCUAUUCAAGCACAUCGUGCAGCGAGCCCCUCUCAUCCUGCACAUUGAUUGAAUCAAUCAAUACCAAAGCUGUACAUACGGUAGGCGAUGAGGUGUGAUGGAUGUUCUGGCCAGGAAUAUUUGGCUUUUCCUUCAAAGCAAUUGUGGGACUUGAAUUAUGUUUAUAACUUUUGUAUGAACAAACUUUAUUUGAACAUCAAAAUGCCCUUUGCUUUGCUA